AAUCUUGCCUUUCUUCCCGUACUGACAUCAGUAAAGCCUCCAUGCAGGAGGUGGUAACAGUAAAUAAUGCACAAUUACUUAGUUGUCUUUUGUGUUGCAGUGUAAAUGCACAUAUUUUAAGGUUUAUUUAUAAUAUUCUUUUCCGCAAAAAGCACAAUGAAUCCAAACACGGGUGGAGCUCCUCCCGACUCGAAUCAGUGGAAAAGACCCGACGAAAUAUUGCGGCUACGGAAGCUCAAACAAAAGCAAAAAGCUCUGCAGGCUCGUAUCCAGAGACCAUCCAGGGCGUGCGCCUCUGGGGCCAACUCCACCGUUGCUGAACAAGUAGAACCAUGCGUUGAAAACCAGAAGCGGAAAAAUCCCUUCUCAAAAAAAGAAAGUACUGCCAAGAAACAAAAGCCACUGGGGCCAGAAGAGGUGAAUGAAGAUAGCAUUUUCAAGCUACUAAGUGAAACCACUUCGAAGCAAGUUCCGGCUAUAGAAGCUCCAGUAAUCGAGAAUCUUCCGGAACCUCGAUUUCUCAUAGAUCACCAGCAGUGUUUAUUUCAACCACAAGAUCCCCAAGAACCUGUGCCCAAACCAAGCAAGUGGUUCCCUAUACACUGGAGUAUUAAAAGUCGCUUACGGAUCGUGUGUAAGUCAGUGCUUCCGGGUAACAAUUUGCGAACCAAUCAGGAAGCAAGCGGUCUGACGUCGUUCGUUCGUUGCAUCGGAGUAAAGGAUUCAUCUGCCGGGCUAGACAUUUCGCCUGGAGCGAGGUUUUAUCAGAGCACACUCUACUGGCAGCAUCCGCAUCUUCCCUGGCUAAAGUUAUUCCCGCGAAACUCCAAGGGCAACAAUGGGAUGGUCCUCGGUGAGCCGGAACGGGUUGCCCUCGGGAAGGAAUGGGCGAUCAGCUUCCGGAAUCUUUUCCAGCUGGUUCGUGCCCGCCAGUGUCCGUACUUUUACGUCUGUGCGAACAGUUUUACGGUUCUGUUCCGUGCAGCCGGCAUUGGCGGUCGAGUUGAAACGCACGCAUUGCUUACGCCUACUUCACGCGGCAUGCGAGCGGCUUUGAAGCAGGAGGACAUCGAGUUUGUUAUGCCUCUUAAGAAAGGGCAAGAUAAGCCGGAUUUGAAUCGAUCGGCAGAAUCGGGCAUCGGAGUUCACAACGGUAGCUUCUCGAAUUCUUCCGAAGGUGCAAUGACCGCUUCUCAGGUUGACAAUUGCUCAGAAAAGGAUGAUGAUGACGACGACGAAGAUGUGGAAGAGGAGAAGUGGUUGGAGAGUCUAGGGGUAGAAGCUGAGGAAAUAAAAAAAAUUAACUAUCACCAGACGAGAAAACAGCAAAACCGCGAAUGCGAUGAAGAUUACAGCGAGCUGUCCACAGUACUUAUUGAAGGGAUUGAAUGCCAGGCUUUCUUCAAUUUUCUUCUGAACGCCAAAAGUACAACGACCAGGGUGGGCCGCCUAGCUGGAGUUCCACCGACUUUAUUGGCCCCGACGGCGUUCGUUGGUGCUACGCUGCAAACGCUCACUACCCGGUCCAGCAAGAUCCGGAUGGAUGGUGAAGAUUACCACAGCACGGAACUGCAGGGCGUUAUAUUGCCCCAUGUGUUACCCUAUCUCUGUGAUUUGCUGACGGAAGCGAAGGACAAUUUCAGUGCCACGCUGGUGAGUGUCCCCAACACUACGGCGUUUUGUAAAGUCUCCCAGAAACUCAUUGACGAUGCCGACAAGGAGAACGAAGCGACUGCGAUUGGAGAUCAGGUUCUUUGGAAGGAGAAUCUGUCGGAUAGUGGAAUUUCCGAUUAUAUCCUCGAAACCAUGUGCCGAGCGAGCAAAGAUUCGGUAUGUGAUGUUGAGCGAAUCGUUUACAAUAAGGAGGAAGGAUAUACGUGGAGUUGAUCUGUAAAUUGGGACUAUCGUUAAUAAAUUGUACAUUGUUUAUAAAA